ACAGAUUCAUCACCCAUGAGCGUAAUAUAUACAGUAGGUGGCGGUAAAACUCCUAAGGAGUGAACGGCCAUUAAACAAAAAGAAGAAGAAGUAGUAAACUUCCGGGCAUGGCGGAGAAGAAAAUAGCCGUCCGCUCGCAGGAUCCCAACCAGCGGCGCGUGCUGGACAGCGCGACGCGCCAGCGCCGUUUAACCCGCCAGCUCGAGGCUCUCGAGAAAGACAACUUCCAGGACGACCCUCACGCGAGCCUCCCGCAGCUCGUCAAGCGGCUGCCGCAGUUCGACGAGAGCAACGAAUCCGGCAAGCGGAGGAAGAAGACGAGGGGUGAUCAUUUUAAACAGAGGUUCCGCAAAAACUUCCAGACUCUUCUGGAGGAGGAGGACUUGAGUGUUAGUGAGGGUCCAAACUAUCUGACUGCAUGUGCUGAGCCCUCCAAGUUUCCUCAGCGACAUUUCUGCGCAGUGUGCGGCUUCCCUUCAAACUACACUUGUGUGUCAUGUGGAGCUCGCUACUGCUGUGUCCGAUGUUUAGGAACACACCACGAGACCAGGUGUCUAAAGUGGACGGUAUGAUUUGUUCCUCCCGACUGAACUCCUAUCAAAAUCAAAACAAGCUUAUGGGUCAAACUGCACACUUACAAGUUCACGUUCCUCAGAGAUAUCACAGUCAUUUGCCUGCACAAACAUGUUGAGGUAUAAAUCACUAGAAGCCUUAGACCUGACUGCUAAAAUAAUCUGUCAUCUCCGUACCUUUUUGUACAACAAAUAGGCUGCACUACAUUUGAAAUUUCACGUAAUAGGCUGAAGCAUAUAAAGCGUUUGCCAAAAAAUGAGGAGCUGUUCAAGUAUUGUAAUAAGAGUUAAUUCUGUGGCAAGCUUUAGCUUGUUCUUAAAACAUAGAGAAUGCCAGUGGAAAAACUGCUAUUUAAAUGUUUUGGAGUAAAUGACCACAAUUGGCAGAAAGGAAGGACUCGAAUCUUAUGGUUAAAAAA